AUGGCCACCAAUGGGACACAACAACAGGGCUUCCCACUAAGCUUUGCCGAAAUCGAAGGACUGGUCAAAUCGCUCUACAAUCCUGGACAUGCAAAGAAAAUCACUCAGACAGAAGCAACACUACGAGUGUUACAGCGAUCCUCACAAGGAUGGGAGAUUGCAGACGCUCUUCUCAAGAGCGACGACGAGCAGGUCCGGUUCUUUGGAGCUCUGACACUCACUGUGAAGCUUAACGCUGACUCCAACGAGCUGAACGAAGAGCACUCUGCACAGCUACUCUCCACCCUUAUUCACCAUCUAGUUUCCCGACCAUCAUCCUCGGUAGCGACGCGGAAGGUGAGCUCAACAUUAGCCCAAUACUUCACGAAACCCAUAUCAGUAUGGGGUCUGUGCAUCAGAAGUUUGGUUGUAUCAUUCGCUGCGCAACAACCCGUGCUUGACGAUGCCUUGGACAGUCAUCCUUCAACGUGGGACUUGCUGCCUCAGCUGUCUGACGAUCAACUCCUUGUUCUGCUUGACUUCGCCAUGAAUCUGGCAGAUGAAGCAAAGAAGCUCUCCACCAGUCCCAACCGCAAAGUACACCACGACAUGAUCGCCAACGCAGAAAGCUUGGAGGCGCUUUUACAUGCUUCUUUCGGACGCGGAUUCAAGUACCUGUCCAUACCGAUCAACGACACUAGUUACAGCGAGUCAUUGCAGCAAGGAGAAAAAAUAUGCGUAGCAGCCUCAAAAUGCUUCAUUGGCUGGAUUUUCUAUGCUCAAUCCGAAUUCAAGCACGUGCCUGAGAAGCUUCAUUACCUUCGAUCGGUCACUGAGCUUGCCUUGACCUGCCUGGAAUAUCAUGUCGAAGACGCCAUGGAUCUCGUAGCUGAAGUUUUGGAGAAUUACCCCUCGUUCUUCGAGGCAAAGCAUCAAGAGAUGUUAUGGUCGGCGAUCGCGGGCCCAUGGGGGCUGGAGAUCUUAAGGGACCUUGAUGCUGAAACAGUCUCCCUCGCCAGGAUCAUUGUAGCAUAUGGCCAAAUUUUGUUGGAUUCGAAAGUGCUGUAUAAGGAGCACGAAACAGCACAUAACCAACAAGUCAUGUCCUUUCUUCACGACCUUCUAAAGUAUCCAGAGAUUGUAGGCGAGGAUGACGAAGUGGCGCCAGUCGUACUGGACUUCUGGAGCGGUUUCGUAAGUGCAAUUGCUGAGGAGUCUUUCGAGUACUUGGAAGGGGUUGCAUUGCCCUCCUGGAUGGACCCCGCAAAGUCCAAUGUAUUCCAGGCGAUUUCCGAGCUUGCCCAGAAGAUCAUCUACCCUCCGUCGAGCGUGACAAAGUCCUGGGACUCAGACACAAAGAAGACUUUCAAAGUCUUUCGCAUCGAUGUUCGAGACAUCAUCAUGGAAGCCUACGAGUCUCUGCGCGAUGUCAUGACAGAUCAGUUCAUCGACUUUACUCUGCGCGCACUGGGUACAGGAAACUGGCUGGAGCUUGAAGCUGGACUUUUUUGCUUGAUAUCGAUCGCAGAUGCCUUCAACGAUAAGGUCGACGAACGUCUCAAUCGUCUCUUCGAACAGCCUUUGUUUGCGGCUAUGUCCGGCGGUGCUGAUAUACCUGCUAUUACCCGGAGGUCCGCAGUGGAGUUGGUCGCAGCCCUCAACCAGUUCUUCUUGCGUAACCCACGCUUCCUACCUCAAGUGUUACCUUUCCUGCUCAAAGCUCUGGCGCAGCCUGCACUCGCUCACAGCGCCGCAAAGUCGUUUGCUUCGCUGUGUUCCGAAUGUAGAAAAUCGCUCACAGGCGAGCUGGAUUCAUUCUUUCAGAUGUACGAACAAUUUCUCACAUACCAGACCGCAGAAGAAUUCACGAAGAGCAAGGUUCUGGAAGGUAUCGCUGCUAUUGUUCAGUCAGCCGAUUCCGAUGAGAAGCAGCUUGUUGGUGUCAGGCAGCUCUUCGGUUACAUUGCACAAGACGCAAUGGGUGCAAUCAAGGUCACAAAAGAAGGGAAUGACCCAGAACAAGGGCAGGUGCUCGCGUUGACGACGCUGAAAUGUUUGUCAAGCAUCGGUCGAGCACUCCAAGCUCUCGACGAGGAAGUUGUAGAUCUCGAGGCCGAGGUCGAAAGCUCGACAUUCUGGUCGGAAGGACCAGGCAAAGAGAUCCAAAACCAGGUCAUCAACAUGAUCAACUAUAUGACGCAAGUCUUUCCAGCGAACGACGAGAUCAUCGAAGCGGCCUGCAACGUCUUGCGUUCUGGGUUCAAAGAGUCCAUCCCUGGUCCUUUCGUACUUCCACCGUCCACCGCGGUUGACUUCGUUACCAAGACGACGGUGCAGACGCCUCGACUGCCAUUUGUCCUUGAGACGGCAUGCCGUUGGCUGUCAUCCCACAAGCAUAAACGGCCAGCUGACUUCGUCGUACAAGCGCAACGUCUUUUGCAGCACGAUCUGAGCAUCAUGCAAGCAUUACAACACCCCCGCAACGACCCAGAAAUCGCAGUCGGAUGUAUUGAGCUUAUCCAACAAUUUGUCAAUACAGACUUGCGCUUGAUUACUCAAGAACAUCCAGAUACUCUACAGGGUAUGUUUGGCUUCUCUAUCGAAUCAAUCCAGUCACCAGAAGUACUGCCGAAACGAGCAUCCGCAAAGCUUUGGAAAGACAUCUUCGAAUCCACGGGAAACACCCACGGCCAGAACCAGGGUACCUCGCAAGAUAUCGUUAACCACUUCGGGCAUGCAGUGACAUACGCGUUGAUUACCAACGUAUGCGGCGAAGUUGACUACACAAGUUUGGAACACAUUGUGGCACCCCUUCGUGCGCUUAUCCGCUCUGACAAGAACGCAAAGGCGUACAUCACAAGCUCUUUGGCGGAGCAGCCACUACUUCAACGUUUCCAGCAAGACCCAGGAGUGCAGGAAUUGGUGCGGAAGUUUAUCGAAAGCUGCAUGAGGAACGCCAAGAGCAGUACAGGCUUCAAAGACACUGUCAAGGGCUUCUGGCAGAGCUGCAAACAACUCCAGAUGCAGCUGCAACCCCAGAUGAUGGCCCAGGGCCACGGUCGUUUCGCAUAG